CGAUAGGAACUUGUCUAGCGAGAAGGAAGUAUAAUCCAGUGUAAUUUAACGUUGAUUGUUUGCAGCUCUUUUUUAUUAGUCACUCAUCUGCGGUUUUUUUUUCUAAACAUUUGAAGUCAUAUGGAGUUUUAGACCUAAGAAUAUUAGUGGGGAAAAGCCACUGCCGUAUCCGCAAUAUGUCUGCGCCCUGUGACAGCACACACUGAGUGAAGUUUCAGUCUGAAAGGCUCCAGAUUUCAGGACAUGUGGAUGGCUGUGCAUGUGGCAUCACCCAGAAUCUGGAGCAGAGGUCUUCAGAAGGCCUGGAGCACAUGGGGAUGCAGACUCUGCUCUCAAAGCUCAUCUAGCACACAGCCUUCACAUCAUCCCAGGACACAAGCAGAGAAAGCCAAACGCAGACAAGCGCGGGAGAAGGCCAUACUCAGUAGUCAUGUUAAUGAUCCUGGACUGAGCUGGUCGGAUAAAGAGAAAAUAACAUACACUGCUGCACUCGUACCUGGAGAGAAGAAAGACACCACUCUGCCCUUCCCACAAUCCUACAGCCCAGAAUAUGUGGAGUUUGGCUGGUAUCAGUGGUGGGAGAAACAGGGAUUCUUCAGUCCUGAGCAGCAUAGUAAACAGCCCCAUGCAGUUGAUAAAUAUUUCUCCUUAUGUAUUCCACCGCCGAAUGUGACUGGCACUUUACAUCUCGGACAUGCGCUAACAGUGGCUAUAGAAGAUGCUUUGGCUCGCUGGCGCCGGAUGCAGGGCUACAAGGUGCUGUGGCUUCCUGGCUGCGAUCAUGCUGGGAUUGCAACACAGUCGGUGGUUGAGAGGAAGCUGAUGAGGGAGCAGGGGAAGUGCAGACAGGACUACAGUAGAGAGGAGUUCCUCAAACAGGUCUGGAGAUGGAAAAAUCAAAAGGGGGAUGAGAUUUAUUAUCAGCUGAGAAAACUAGGUGCAUCUCUUGACUGGAGCAGAGCCUGUUUUACGAUGGAUCCGGGUUUCAGCGGUGCUGUGACAGAGGCCUUUAUCAGGCUGUGUGACUCUGGGCUCAUCUAUCGCUCUGAAGGUCUGGUCAACUGGAGCUGUGCGUUAGAGUCAGCCAUCUCAGAUAUAGAGGUGGACUCAAAGGAGCUGUCUGGCAGGACUCUUCUGUCUGUUCCUGGCUAUGAGCAGAAAGUGGAGUUUGGGAUCAUGGUUACAUUUGCAUAUCCACUGGAGGGACAGCAAGGAGAAGUUGCAGUUUCAACCACUCGUCCAGAGACGAUGCUGGGAGACGUGGCCAUUGCUGUUCAUCCCGAUGACCCUCGAUAUAAAAAUCUUCAUGGCAAACACUGCAGGCAUCCAUUCACAGAGCGCUUAUUACCCAUUGUCACUGACUCUAUGGUGGAUAUGGCAUUUGGCACAGGUGCUGUUAAAGUGACACCAGCUCAUGACCACACUGACUUCAUGCUCUCUCAGAGACAUUCACUCCCAAGCCUCACUGUGAUUGGAGGAAAUGGGAUCAUGACCUCAGACUGCGGCCAGUGGCUAGAGGGUGUUAAGCGGUUUGAUGCCAGGGAACGAGUAAUUACUGCGCUGAUGGAGAGGAAGCUGUUCAGAGGAAAGAAGGAGCAUCCCAUGUCAUUACCAAUCUGCAGUCGUUCUGGAGAUGUCAUUGAACCCUUGCUGAAGAAACAGUGGUUUGUGCGUUGUCAGGAAAUGAGCAGAAAAGCAGUUCAAGCAGUGGAAGAAGGAGAUCUACAGAUAAUUCCUCACUUUUAUACAAAAAUGUGGAAGAGCUGGCUGUCUAACAUCAGCGAUUGGUGCAUUUCCAGGCAGCUUUGGUGGGGUCAUCAGAUACCAGCCUAUCGAGUGACGCUGGAAAACUCAAAGGACACAGAAGAGCAGGAGCAGUGGGUUUGGGGCAGAAGUGCUGCAGAGGCUCGACAACGUGCCGCUGUGAAGUUUGGAGUGAAUCCUGAUGCCAUCACACUCACACAGGACCCAGAUGUGCUUGAUACUUGGUUCUCUUCUGGUCUCUUCCCGUUCGCAAUGCUCGGCUGGCCUCAGCAGACAGAAGACUUGAAACAGUUCUACCCCAAUUCCAUUCUGGAAACAGGAAGUGACCUCAUCUUCUUCUGGGUGGCCAGGAUGGUGAUGCUGGGCAGAGAGUUGACCGGCCAGCUGCCCUUUAAACAGGUGCUCUUUCACUCUCUGGUGAGAGAUAAAUAUGGGCGGAAGAUGAGUAAAUCUUUAGGAAAUGUCAUUGACCCUCUUGAUGUCAUCUCAGGGGUUUCUUUGGAGAGACUUCAAGAGAAAGUCAGAGAAGGAAACUUGGAUCCGAGGGAAAGCAUUGUUGCCAUGGAAGCACAGAAGAAAGAUUUCCCCAAAGGGAUUCCAGAGUGCGGGACAGACGCUUUGAGGUUCGCCCUCUGCUCUUAUAAAGCCCAGGGAGAGGACAUCAGCCUGUCUGUGUCUCAUGUGCUGAGCUGCAGACAUUUCUGUAAUAAGAUGUGGCAGACCGUGCGCUUCACCCUCGCCACGCUGCAUGAUGCAAGUUUACCAACAUCAUUAGCAGAGACCUAUCCUUUAUCCAGCAUGGACCGGUGGAUCUGUUCACGUCUGCACAGCACGGUUCAGCAGUGUGAGAGGGGUUUCGAGAGCUAUGAGCUCCACACGGUCACGUCUGCACUGCACUCUUUCUGGCUCCACAGUCUGUGUGACGUCUACCUGGAAAGCAUCAAGCCGGUGUUGAAAGGUGAAGGCUGUUGUAGUGAGGAACAGAGAGAUCGAGAAAGGCAGGUGGCCGCGUCUGUGUUGUAUCACAGCGUGUCCAUCUCUCUCGCGCUCCUCUCACCCUUCAUGCCGUUCCUCACAGAGGAGCUGUGGCAGAGACUCCUGCCUUACACUGACUCUGACGGGACGUCCCGCAGCCUGUGUGUGCAGCCCUACCCAAAGACCUCUCAACUGGAGCACUGGUGUUUUCCUAAGGAGGAGGCCGACUUCUCUUUGGUAGAGGAAGUGGUCAGAGUGGCGAGGUUACUGAGGGCCCAGUGCCAGCUGACGAAGGAAAGACCUGACUUGUGGGCGGUGUGUGCACCGGAUCAGGCUGAGACUCUUCUGCGCUUCAGAUCGGCUAUCUGCACACUGGGCCGGAUCUCAGCGCUUCAUCUACACUGUCCAGAGGGAGGCUUCACCGACUCUCCUCCUCCACCUACGGCCAGUGCUGUAGGGGUGGUGGAUCACUCCCUCUGCUUACAUCUCAGCGUUCAGAAUGGUAUUAAUGCUGACAAACAGAGAGCUCUCCUCUCUCAGCGCAGAGAAAAGCUGGCCUCCAAACUCAACCAAGCCCUCGCUUGCACCCAGAAGCCCAACUACACAGAAAAAGUACCCGAUAAAGUCAGAAAAGACACAGAGAAUAAGAUUGCAGCUAUGGAGCAGGAACUGAAGAACAUCGAGGACCAACUUUUGGCUUUGGAAGAUACAAGGAAAGAAGUCUAAUGGACACACUGUCCCAAAUAUUAAAUCCAACCAAUAACCAGUGGAAAAGAGUACUUUGUUUUCUUUGUGUAAAUCUGAUAAGGAUACCUUGAAGCAGACAAUGAGACACUGCUUUAUCGAAGAAGAAGAAAAAGCUAGUGUAUAUUUAUGAAGUUGGUUUGAAUGUAAUAUAGAUGUAAAAU